GUUCCAUGCAGUGAAAAAGAAGGUGUAAGAAGAUUGCUGCAGCAGAGGAGGCAACAUGAAACUAUAAUCACAUCACACAUAGCCAUGAAACUAUAAUCAGAUCACACACAUACCCAGUCUACAUUACCAGAAACAUAAUCAUUACUACUUGUAUUAUUUUCACUAUUCAACAGAGAAGUCUAAAACUCCAGCUUUGUAAUUCAGCACACUGUGUUCCCAUGAUGUCAUACCUGUGGAUUCUACUGCUGGGCAGUUUGGUGAUUGGAGCCAAGACACAGGAAGACCCUACUACUGAGCCAGAAGCGAAGGAACCAGAGGCAGAAGCAGCAGAGCCCGAGGCCCCUGCAGAAGAAGUAGCUGCCGAGGAGGCCCUGGUAGCUGAGGAGGCUCCGGCAGAAGAAGAAGCUCCGGCAGAAGAAGAGGAGGAGGCUACAGAGGAGGAGGAAGUUCCAGCCACAGAGGAAAAGGCUCCGACAGUCGAGGAUGCUCUGGCAGAAGAAGACGCUCUUGCAGAAGAGGCUCCAGCCACAGAGGAAGAGGAGGCUCCGGCCACAGAGGAAGAGGACGCAGAAGUCAUAGACGAACCAGCAGUAAAAGCAGAGGCAGCCCCUGAAGCUGAGGCUGAACCAGAUGAACUAGAUCUGUCUGAAGCUGUUGAACCAGUCCUUCCUUUUACAGAGGCGGAGCCUGAAACACCAGCAGAGAGCGAGCCCACGGAGGAGAAGACAGGGGGAGAUUUGGAUCUGGAGGACGCUGUAGCUGAGAAUGAGGAAGACACACCCGCGGGAGGGAAGAGGCGCAGCGGGGGCUCAGUUGCCCAUGCAGCAGAAGCAGAAGGCACAGCUGAAACUCAAGGGUCUAGCUCUGGCUCGGUGGUGGGCAUUCUGUGUGCUAUCGGCGUGGCGAUCGUUGGAGCUGCCACCGGAUACUUCACCUAUCACAAGAAGAAGCUCUGUUUCAAGAACAGUGGAGGGGAUGUAGAGAGUGCCCGUAAGGAGGAGGCUGAGACCCAGUCGAAUCCCCAGGUUCUCAGCAACUUGCUGACUAAAUCCUCCUAGAUCAUCUGAGAUUCCAAUGGAGAAGAACCAGAAACAGCAGUUUACCAUAACACACACGCACACACUCAUACACAGAUCCAUACCAAUCUUUAGGCCUUAAACUGAUUAUAGUUGUAAAACUGUGAGAUAGUGGUUUGGAGGUUAUUAACUUUCAGCACCACGUUAGAGUGAGACCAAUCAGUAGUAUCUCAGUGUCUUCUAAAGAUCACAUUUGUAAUCUGUUAAAAAAGGGGUGAUAUUUUCCAUCCACUUAACAGCACCGAGACAAUGUAGGCCUAUUUCUCUGUAUACAAGUACUGGGAAGUUCACCUGGGUUCCUGUCAUUUUAGCUAACAUUCCACUCCUUGCCACUCCUGUCAUUUGCCAAAGAGACUGGGUUAUCGACGUUCCUAAAGUUCAAAAUGCAAACCGGAUUUACAAUUACAUUGUGAUUGGAGGAUAAUUGUGACGGUUAUCGAAUCAGGAUCAAAUCCUCUGAUCUUCUCAAGCUCAUAAUGAUAGAAUGUUCAUAUUUGAAGAUUGGCGAAAGACAAUGAAUACAAGGAGUGGCAUGUAAUUGGCUGAACAGCAACCAGGCUACAGUUCCCAGAUUAUUUAGGAUAAAAUGGACCCUCCAUUAUUUGAAAUGUUACCGUUGUUUGGUUCUUUACAAUGAUUGAGGGUUUGAUUUAAUCCGUAUUGCUGAAGAUCCAUGAUAUAAUGCUGAUCUUCAGUGCUACAGAUUGAAUCAAGCCCUUACUGUGUGUGCUGUAGCCAACUCUUCUAGCCUGGUUUCAUACUGUAGCCAACUCUUCUAGCCUGGUUUCAUACUGUAGCCAACUCUUCUAACCUGGUUUCAUACUGUAGCCAACUCUUCUAGCCUGGUUUCAUACUGUAGCCAACUCUUCUAGCCUGGUUUCAUACUGUAGCCAACUCUUACAUUUUAGUCAGUUAUCAGAUGCUCUUACCUAGGGUAAUUUACAGGAGCAAUUAGGGUUAUGUGCCUUGCUCAAAGACACAUUGAGAGACUUUUCACCUAGUCAGCUCACCUAGUCAGGGAUUUGAACCAGAGACCAAUCAGUUAGUGGCCCAAUGCUCCUAACCGCUAGGCUACCUGCCACCUCUGGCUACUAUUCUUCUAGUCUGGUUUCAUACUGUAUGUGCUGUAGUCAACUCUUCUAGCCUUCUCCCAUAAUUAAUGUAGCCAACUUCUCUAUCAUUGUCAAGCCAUACAUGUUUUGUGUGACAAUGAAGGACCUCUGAGAGGAGUUGGCAAAAGCACCAAAAGACUGGAACACCAGGCUAGUAGUGUUGUUCUGUGAGAGCUGGUUAGAGGAAGCUAUGUGAGAGCUGGUUAGAGGAAGCUAUGUGAGAGCUGGUUAGAGGAAGCUAUGUGAGAGCUGGUUAGAGGAAGCUAUGUGAAAGCUGGUUAGAGGAAGCUAUGUGAGAGCUGGUACGAGGACCGAAGAUAUCACCCCUGUUGUGUGUUUGCUGGGUAUUUGAGGGGCUUGGGGACCUUGUCUAAAAUACAACAACGUAUGAGAACAUUUAGCUCUAUUGAAAUGUUCAAAUAGUAUGUGUUACAAUAUAAUGCUGUACUGCUCUGUAAGUGCCUUACAUUAGAUGUUUCACCUGGGAAGCCUUUUUACGAUUCUAUCUCACUACUAAGGCCAGUCUGAAAUGGCUCCCUACUCUCUCUAUAGUGGAAUACUUUUGAAGCCCUGCUAUAAAGGAAUUAGGGAACCAUUUCAGACACAGCUCUAGACUCAGGCACGGGUCUCCAACUGCCCACCCAGCAGCCUUCCAGGACCAGAGUUGGAGAACCCAGUGCCUGCUUAACGCCACAGGGUUCACCCAAACAGUACAGUGCUGGCCAGCAUAUUUUCUUUUCACAUUAUUCUUUCCAACAUGGGUCCAGCAACUAUGGGAGAUGUGUAACUGGGCAAGCCCAGUACAGCUUGGUUUGGCGUAGUAGUAUGAAAAGGGUAUACGACUGUAUGCAGUAUAACCCUGGGCAGGAGUCAGCCUGGGAGGAGCUCACCACUGAACACACAGUAAGAAUGUUCCAGUUCACAGUAAAAGACUGUGAGACUCUUGGAGAAGCAAUUUCUGAUUAGCCUGGUCUCAUGAUCUGUGUGUGCUUUAGCCAACUAACUCCUCUGAAUAUCAUUGUCUUGACAAUACUUCUUUUGGAGAAUAACUUUCCUCUCCAAAAGAGUUUUAUGGUAAGUGUAAUGAUGAUACGGUGGUACACAGAGUACUCCACUCUUAUAUUUAAUGAAUCUGUCUUUGUUGUCGUGUGUUUGAGAAUUGUGUGAUUUUAAUCCUUUAGCACAUAUUUCUUUUUGAAUUGUGUAAAUAAUGCUGGAGAUAGAAAUAAAGAAGCUGUCCAGGGGGAA